CUCAGAUUAGAAGUGUGGGCCAGAAUAAAAAUAAAGGCACCGUAAAGGCAUCUCUCUGACUCUCUGCAGACGACUCCUCAAACAAGAACAAACACUUGAAAAACAUAAAACAUACACCCCUGGCACAAACACGCUUUUGGGUUUCCUCUCUGGAUUAUUUGGGGUGAGGAAUUGUAACAUGGACAGAUCUCCGACCAUACACAUAGCUCUGCUGAAGUCAGGCUGGCUCUGGAGACAGACAUCCAUCUUAAAGCGGUGGAAGCUGAAUUGGUGUGACCUGUGGAUCGAUGGGAGCAUGGUCUUCUACAAGACGGACAGCAGGCGAGAAUUUGUGCACCGUGUGGGUCUCAAGACCAGCUGUGUGAGCGUCAAGUCUGGCCUGGAGAGUGCAGGUCUCUCUCCCCCAGAGAACCAGCCAAGUGAGAACAUGGUGGUGGUGCAGCUUAGAGAUGGCUCCACUGUGAUCCUGUGUGCCAACAGUGAGGACGAGGCACUAGCAUGGAAGUUGACAAUUCUAGAGGCGAGACAAAACCCAUUCCCAUAUGACCCAUACGACGACUCGUACCAGUCCGUCCCAAUGGACGGCAACAACACCAUCUACCUCACCCCUGGAUCAGGUACCCACCACAUACUGAUCCAGAGAGACCCAUACGACGGCAUAGGAGAGCAGGUGGCACUGGGGCUACUGGCGGGCAUGGCGGCGGGCGCUGCCAUGCGCUCCUUCCUCUGGAUGCCCUUGUUCUUCUGCUGAUAGAGAAGGUCUUUGAUCUGGACCAAGAUGCUUGCUUGGGCGCCCUCCCCCAGUGCGCUAGCUCCAUGAGCAGGGAGGCACGGUUGGGAAAUGCCCAGGCUGCUGUAGGCCUCAUUCCUACAAGUCUUAUUAUUGUAUUUCACACACAAUUUAUUUCCUGUUGCAGAAUAAUAGUGCACGAAUGUGUGUGUGUGUUUUAAGUUUUAAUGUCACAUGCACACGUACAGUGAAAUGCCUUUCUUGCAAGCUCUAACCACAACAAUGCAGUAAUCAAUAACGAUGUAAUACUAAAAAUAACAAGGUAGAACAAAAACACAGAAGAUAUAAAAAUAAUAAGAACACGAUAAAGUAAGUAAGCAUACUAUAUCAGGGUCAUUGUGUUUGUGUGAGCGUGCAUGCAUGUGUGAGCGAACGUGUGUGUUGAUAAAUUGGUUUACAGAACAGGUUGAUGAUAACAUAAAUAUGUCCUUUAUAACAUAAGCUGUGUGAACUCAACCUAUUUAGUAGAAAUGCAUAUGAAAUGUAUACGGUAUGCAACAUACAGGGUGUAUGAAAAACAGCAAUGUCCUGAUCCGCAUAUUCAGCUGCCUGAGGUUAAUGGACCCCCCCCCCCCCCCCCCCCCACACACACACACACACACAUACACACAUACACAGAAAUAUUGACUGAAAUUAUGUUUAAGUUGAAAAAUUGAGGUGCAAAAAUGUAUCACUUUUAUUAACCUUAGAUCCUGUAUUUAAGCUCAUGUACAGAAUGUAAUUCACUGAGUACAAUGCUGCUGUUGUUGUCAAAUUUAAUAAAACUUUUCAAAGCCA